AUGGACCGACCCAAGAAGCCAUCCGCUCUCUCUGCCACUCCAGCUCUCACACCCCAUCCUCAAAUAAACACUACACAUUCCAAUUCACGCGUCUCGGCCGUCCUCCCCACCGGUGAAUCAAUUGAAAUCCUUCUCUACGGCGCCACAAUCAUAAGCUGGAAAGAUGCCGCCGGAACCGAAAAACUCUGGCUUAGCGAAAAAGCUGCACUCGAUGGUACAAAAGCGGUGCGCGGUGGUAUUCCACUAGUAUUCCCGGUAUUUGGAAAAGUCGAGGGUGAGGAAGGUAAGGCGAAAGGUGUUGAUACUUUACCUCAACAUGGUUUUGCGCGCAAUUGCAGAUGGGAGUUUUUGGGAAAGAGUACAAGUGAGAGUACUCUUAAGGGACAGGAGGGUGGUAGCAGUGUCAAAUUGGAUUUUGGUUUGAGUGCUAGUAAUCUACCAGAGGAGACCAGGAAGCUAUGGGGUGGUGAAUUUGGUCUGAUUUAUAGUGUUACUCUUGGUAAAGAGAGUUUGGGAACGAGUAUGGUGGUUAGGAAUGAGGGUACCACAGCCUGGGAGUUUCAAAUCUUGAUGCACACUUAUUUGAAGAUUCAGGAUAUUUCCCAAAUCUCCAUCAAUGGUCUCGAGAAUGCAACUUAUGUUGACAAACUCACCGAACCAAUUUCCACAAAUACUGCUCCUUCCGAACCUCUUACCAUCUCUGCUAAAACCGAUCGUGUCUACACUCCAGCUGGUGGUCCAUCUACCGAAAUUAUUGUUUCUGAAGGAGGAAAGAAGAAAUACACAGUUGCUAGAGAUAACAUGAAUCAAGUCGUUGUAUGGAACCCUUGGAUUGACGCCAAAGAUAUCGGAGAUUUUGCUCCAAAAGAUGGAUGGAGAACAAUGAUUUGUGUCGAGGCUGGAUCUGUUACUGGAUGGCAAAAAUUGGAAGCUGGUGAAACUUGGGAAGGUGGUCAAAUUAUUACACUUGCUAAUUAG